GCAGCAGACACUCCUCCAGUAGGGGGCGUACCCCGUGGGGUCUGGGUUUUUGCGAGUCGUACGCAACGUCGGGGGCGGGAACAACUCUAGCCUCGCCCCUUGCGUGUGCGGCGACCUGUGAUUGGAAGAAGGGACUAUUACUUGGCAGCGCCGUAGAUGUGGGAAGAAGAGGGCCUCGGGCGAAGGUGACGCGGAGACGGCGUAGGUGUGGGGACCAAGGCUGUGUAGCACUUCGGACACGCUCCCUUCAUCUUUCUGUGGUGAAUGGCGCCAGGAUGGAGCGCGAGGGGAGCGACGGCAGCGGGGGUUCGGCUGGACUCCUGCAGCAGAUCCUCAGCCUGAAGCUCGUGCCGCGAGUGGGCAACGGGACCCUGUGCCCUAACUCCACUUCUCUCUGCUCCUUCCCAGAGAUGUGGUAUGGCGUGUUCCUGUGGGCACUGGUGUCCUCUCUAUUCUUUCACGUCCCCGCCGGGUUACUGGCCCUCUUCACCCUCAGACGUCACAAAUAUGGUAGGUUCAUGUCUGUAAGCAUCCUGUUGAUGGGCAUCGUGGGACCAAUUACUGCUGGAAUCUUGACAAGUGCAGCGAUUGCUGGAGUUUACCGAGCAGCAGGGAAACAGAUGAUACCAUUCGAAGCCCUCACCUUGGGCACAGGACAGACGUUCUGUGUAGUGGUGGUCUCCUUCUUACGGAUUUUAGCCACUUUAUAGCAUACACUCCUGUGCUGUGAUACGGAACCCAAGUUUUACAGAAUCCUCAAAAGGAAGAUAUUAUUGAAUGUAGUGUUUUCUCAGUUCUUCAAGUGGAAGCUAGUUGAAGAGGAAUGUGAGGAUCUCAGCCCUUUCUUCAGUUUGAAGCUCCAGUAGUUCAAGAUCUUUGCAGACUCCUAUGAUUCUCAACCAAAACAAGUUUCUGUGGCUUUCUCUUUCGCAAAAUCCACACACACCUUUAAGCCAAGCCAGUGCCUCUGCUGGCACUGUUGCACUGGAAUGCCAUAUUUUGUGAGAAAAUGUAAUGUCUUAUAUUUCAGAAACUGUGGGAAAAUAUUGAUUUCAAGUGAGCAAAGUAUACUGUACUGAAAUUUUAGUUAAUCUAAUCUUGAUUAAAAUUUGGCAAACUUGGGCUGGGGAUUUAGCUCAGUGGUUCCACCACCUGCCUCGCAGGCGCAAGGUCCCAAGUUCGAUCCCCGGUACAAAAAAAAAAAAAAUUGGCAAACUUUUCUUUUGCUCCAUUCUCAUGACAGUAAAACCAAUUAGGAAAGUAGGUUUUGGUUGAGUAUAGCUUUGAGCACAGAUUUGGUGAAAUACAGCAGGAGAAAGAAGGGAAGUACAAUUCAAAUACUGACUUAGGGCCACUGGUAAAGAAAAAGUAGGUAACUACUGAGAAUGCGACAUCUUAUGGAUGACCAUCUUGACCUUUGAUUAUUCAGUAGAAUUUAAGAGACAUGAAUUUGUUGCUUGGUACAUUUGAUCAAAAUGAGCUAGCUGGGUCUUUUUUUUUUUUUUUUUUCUUUUUUCUUUUUUUUAAGGGACGAGGUCUUGUUAUGUUGCCAGGGUGGGCCCAACUCUUGGGCUCAAGUGAUCCUUCUGUCUCAGCCUCCCAAGAACCAUACACCGUCACGCAUGGCUGAACUUUUAAAUUUAUUUUUAAAGAAUUCCCAUGCAAGGCUGGGGGUGUAGCUCAGGGGUAGAACAUUUGCUUAGCAUGCAUGAGGCCCUAGGUUCAAUCCUCAGCACCACAAAAAUAAAGAAUUUCCAUGCCACCUUUUACGAUCACUUUUAAUUCUAUUUAUUUGGCUUAGUUAGAAACAUACGUGCCUUAUUCAGUAGUUUGAUUUGGAAACUUUAAACUAUAUUCAUUAGGAUACUCUUUGGGUAUUGAACACAAAUAAGAUACUUCAAACAUUCUGUGAUAGUUUUUCUUAAUAACUAUUUUUUUAGAUGGCUCCUGAGAAAUUGUAGAAGCAUAGCUGAAACUGGAGUUAGUGGCUGUUGAUUCUCAGUGCGUUUACCUGGUGGUAGCAAUUCAGCCCACUUUUGCAGUAUUUGAGUAUCAACUCCCAGAAAGUGCCUAAAACUUCAUUUUCAGUUAGGCCCCUGCUCUGCCCUUUACAUUUUUAUUCAAGAGAAUUUAUAUUGUUAAAGAGAAUUAACUGUCAAUUUUUUUUUAACUCAGUUUUUAUCUAAUUUUUUUUUUUUGGUACUGGGGAUCGAACUCGGGACCUUGCGCUUUCAAGGCAGGCACUGGAACCACUGAGCUAAAUCCCUGGCCCAAUCUAUUUUAAUUUUUAUCCUAUUGCCUAACUUUCCUUUUCAUUGGAAUGCCUGAAAACUGUGACCUUCACAGGGGAAAGGAUUGCAAAAAUGAAGUAACUUGAUCCUUGCCACCUAAACAGUUUCAUGUAGAAUCCAAUCAAUGGUGUUGCUACUGUCUGUUAAUUAACUCUAGUAAUCAGCUUCUGGUGAUGAACAUUUUUAAAGAAGGGUUUUCAUUAUGAGAUUUAGGCUAACAACCUAUAAAGUCAUAUGUACCUGAAUUUAUUCGAUUUCCACAAUAUGCACUCUGGUUAAAAGUAGGCAAGGGGCUGGGGAUUUAGCUCAGUGGUUCCACCACCUGCCUCACAAGUGCAAGGUCCCGAGUUCAAUCCCCGGUACCAAAAAAAAAAAGUAGCCAAGAGAACCAGUUUGCCUGGGAAAGUUACAAAGAAAAUUAACCUUUUUUUUAUUUUGGUACCGGGAAUCAAAUUCAGGGCCUUGAGCUUAUCAGGCAGGUGCUGCACUGCUGAGCUACCUCCCCGGGCCCUACAAAGAAAAUUAUAGAGGAAGGGGCCGGGGAGGUAGCUCAGUGGUUCCACUGCCUGCCUCGCAAGUGCAAGGUCCUGAGUUCGAUCCCUGGUACAAAAAAUAUAUAUAGAGAGAGAGAAAUAAAUUAUACAGAAAAAUGACAGAGAUUAACAAAAUUAACUGGAUAUUUUCCUUCUGACAGUUGGACCACUUAUAAUUACACUGACAUCAGACUAGGUAGAAAAUUAGGAGUGCAGCUAAAUGUCCUUUCAAAUUCCCCAUCAAGAGGCUCAGUCUUCUUUCAACAAAAAAAUUAAAGAUUCUGGUUUUCAGUUGAAGGACCAGUGAUUUUAGAAAGUAUAUCCCUUCAGUUUAAGAAAUUUAGGAUAUUCUUUAUUAUGGGAAAUGAGUUUGAUCAUUUCUGUUGAAGGCUGCCUCUUAUCAGAGUUCUCCUCGCCUAAAACAUUUUGGAUAUAAUCUCACAAACCAAUCAUGGGGCCAGUAGUUGGUGGGCCCUUUCCCCUGAAUAUUGAUUUUUUGAAUAUAUUGAUCCAUGAUGAAAAUGUUAGGUUAUUUUUAUUUAGAGCCAAGGGACAGAAAUUUAUGAAUUUUGAAAGGUAAGAGAUAAGUAUGCAUUUUGUUUCCAUCUGUUUGGUGUUUGAUAUGUUUUGAUUAUCUGCUCUUUAAAACUUCAAACAUAAAAUGUAUCUUCAAGUUAUUGAAUGUUUCAUUCAUCACAGUCUGUGAAGCCUUCUCUUGUGAAUAAAUGUGUAUAGACUGUGGAUUGAGCUGUAUAGCUGGAAAUGUUUUCAGGGAGAAAGUUAGAAUGAUAACUAGAGAAUGUAUUCCACUUUGGUUUUCUGUCUCUUCUGUCCCUCUCUCUCCCCCUCUACCUUUUGCUUGCUUGUUUUCUUUCUUGUCUCAAAUACUGAUUUAUUUGUAGGUGGUUGCUUGGAUGGGAGAAUAAUGGCAUUUGUGUUGAACAUUUUAUCUUAUAUAGUUUGAGAUUUUUUCCAACAACUUUUGUAGAGACACAUGCAACUACUACUGUUACCUAUGCUUCACUUGCCUGUUUUCUUUUCCUUUUCCUUUCACCUUCCUCCUCCUUUCUCUUUCUUCUUCAUGCAGGGUGAGAGGCAGCCGCCAACCAUAAAAGCUGAUUUCUUGAUUCUCCCAUAGGAUUUUGGAGUAAAAGCAUUUUGUGAAAACUUAAUUUCAGAUACAAAAGCAUAAUGAAUAGUACAUGAGAAAGAUGUCUCUCUGUGCUAUUGUUUUUUUGUAGCAAGAAACCUCUGAAACAUUUAAACCAGUGAGAAAUAGUUUGUGCAAGUAAUUAAAUCCUCCCUUACAUCUGUUAAGUUUUUAAAAUUUCCUCCCCGGUGUCCUGACUGCUCUGGUUUGCAUUGCAUUUUCUUUUCCCUGCACACCUGCCACCUCACCUGGGGGCCGAGGCCUGGAGUGUGAAGCCAUCCACACACAGAAAGUCUUGCUGUGAACUUGCGUUUCUUUUUUGUGCACUGUGUAAGGCUGGUUGUGACCAAAAUCAGCUUUUUUGUAUUAGGUUAUUUCACUAACUGCUACAGUCAAAAUGAUCAAAUCUUUGUACAAUAGAAAAGUAUUUAAAUUUUAUUUUUCUACUGACAUUUCUAAUUCUAGUAUAAAUGUUUAACAAUAAAGAAUUACUUUAAACUCUG